UUGGAGACAGAGCUCUGAAGGGUGUGUUUUAUGUACCACUGCAGAUCCAAUGCAAUACAAGACUUUAGAAUAGGAAUGAGACAGACGACAGAGCUGCAAAGAUGCUGAGAUAAAGAAAAGAUAGAGAUAGGAAUGUGAUGAGGAGAAAACAGACGGGAUAAAUCAACGGGAUAAAAGACAGGUGGAGAUAAAGAAAGAGGAGGAACACCUGCAGAGAUUAAACUACUAUUACCAAUGAAAGCCAAUACUGUUGUGUGCUACCGGCUUAAAGAAAUUCCACCUGUCAGAGGUUCUGAUGAAAAGGUCCAACCCUCCCAUUUUUAAAGCAUUCUGUUUUUGUGGCAGCCAUCUACGUAAAAAUCUCUUAAUUGCAAGUUGGCUGCAGAAGGAGGGAUUGUUGAAACGUCAGAGAGAAGCACACAGUUUCAGGAUCCUCAGUCAGACACUCGCCUCACACCACAACAACAGAUCCCUGGAAGACCAAAUUAAGGCACACAGUUGUUAACCCAUCGCCUGCCUCCAGCAGGCCUCCCUGGAGACUGUCUGGCUUGGUGCAUGAACUGGGAGGUUCUGUGUAGUCCCGUGUUGAUGAACGUGUGGGUGUUUUUUGUCACUUUUGAUGGGACAUUAAGAGAUGUGCGUGUCACAGCAUCCGUGGAUGGGCUGUAGGGGGCCAUACUCCCCUGUUCUCCCCCUCAUCCUCCUCCCUUUGUCCUUCCUGCUUGCUCAGGGAGCUAUCAUCCUCCCAGAACAUUAUAAGUUACAAACCUUGGAAACUCUUCCCAACCUGACACAGGUGCCGAUAUCGGUAACAGCGUUUUCUCGAGAAGAUAUCAUCCUGAAAUGUGAGGCCACUGGUAACCCAACGCCCCAGAUCCGCUGGGAAAAGGAUGGGAAACAGUUUGGUCCAGAGCAGACAGGGUCCAGUGUUGUUGACGCCUCAGAACAUGAAGAUAUGCCCCUGGAUUCAUUUGCAGGCAUCUACCAAUGCUUUGCCGCCAAUCACAAGGGGACCGCUGUGACACAAACUGCAAAGGUUAUAGUAGAUUCUGUUCCGCUUGUAACAAAAGAAAAUGAACUCCACAAGACGGCAUUCGUAGGAGAGAGCAUCAUCCUGACCUGCAACCCUCCAAAGAAGUCCACUACUCCUCAGGUCUACUGGAUGGGAAAAAAAAUGCGACACAUCGACCAGACUGACAGAGUUAUUAUUGGCCUGGAUGGGAAUUUGUAUUUUGCAAAUCUUCUAAAGAGCGACAGCCGUAAAGACUACAACUGCUAUGCUCAAUAUGAGGAAGCCAGGACUGUUAUCCUUGUGACUGUUGCGAAACUCAACGUUGUGUCAAGUAACGAUGUUAUGCAUGAAAAAAAACCACAUCUCCUCCAGCCCCAAGGUUCCCAUACUGUAAAGCAGGCCCUCAGGGGUCAACGUCUCACCCUCGAAUGCAUCCCUAAAGGCCUGCCGACACCCAAGGUGGAAUGGGAGAAAACGGAUGGUGAUCUCAAGACCACAAGUGCCAGAAUUGAAACCUUUAAUCGCUGGCUUCAUUUUGAGAGCAUCACUGAAGAUGAUGAAGGGGAGUACAAAUGUAGGGCUCACAACAGUCAUGGGAAUGCAACACAUUCCUUUACUGUUACUGUAAAAGCUGCUCCCUACUGGACCAAGGAGACCUCAGAUCUGAUGUAUGCACCAGGGGAAACUGUCAAACUCGACUGUCUGGCCAAGGGGAACCCAGAGCCCACCAUUUCCUGGAGUAUCAACGGCCAAUCGCUAGCAGUGGUGGAUGACGAUCCACGGCGUAUCGUAACAAGGACUGCUCUUAUACUGAGGGAUGUGAAGACGUCUGACACAGCCGUCUAUCAGUGUGAGGCCACCAACAUGAACGGCUCCAUCAUCCAGAAUAUCAACCUGUUUGUUGUUGAGCUUCCUCCUCAGAUCUUGUCUUCUGAUGGGAUAGUGUACAAAGUAUUUGAAGGUGAAGACGUCUACAUGCAGUGUGAAGCCUUUGGUGUUCCCCUACCAGACAUUUCAUGGUUCCGUGAGGAUGAUAUUCCUCUGCUCUCAGAUCAACGUGCUUCCCUGUUUACUAAUGGAACUAUUGGGCUGGGUAACGUCUCCCAUAAUGACCAGGGACUGUAUACCUGCUCUGUUGAUAACACCAACAUCUCCAUUACUGCUAACCUGGAAGUUUUCAAUCGAACUGUGAUCCAUAAAGGUCCUCAGGACAUCCACGUCCACAGAGGAGAAUCUGCUUUCCUGGACUGUCUUUUCUACAAAGAUCCUCGACUGCUUAAAUACGAGGUCCAUUGGAAGAAACAUGGACAGAAUCUGGACUCAACAAUGGACAAAAAGUACACUAUGUUCAACAAUAACACAUUAAAAGUGAAAAAUGUCCAAAUAGAAGACACAGACAAUUACUCCUGUGAGGUCAGAACCGAAUCAUUGGGCCAGGUGACAGCCACAGGCUCCAUCACUGUUAUAGCUCCACCGGAACCUCCCAGCUCACUAACGCUUUCCGUUGACAACGACUACAGUGUCACGCUCAGCUGGAUCCCUGGAGCCUCAAACAACAGCCCCACUACAGAGUUCAUUGUGGAAGCCCAAGAGCAGCCCCAGACAGAUAGCGGGAACCCAAGAUGGCAGGUGCUGAAGGAGAUACCCGGGGAUUUCAGUCACAUCCAGCUCAGCCUGCAGUCCUUCUGCAUUUACCGCUUCAGGGUUAUCGCUGGUAAUGAAGUUGGCAGGAGUCACCCAAGCAAAGCAACCAACAAGCACGCUACACCACCUACAGUUCCAUAUUCAAACCCCAUUAAUGUGCGCACUAAUUCAACAGAACCAGGGAUUCUGCUCAUCACGUGGGAUGAGAUGGAAAAGCGUCUCCACAACGGCCAGGACUUCCGGUACCAGGUGUUCUGGCGGGAGGCUAACAGCCAAAACACAAACUGGGAAAGUUCCUAUGUCAAGUCUCCUCCGUUUAUAGUAAAUAACACUGGAACCUUCACACCGUUUGAGAUCAAAGUCCAGGCUGUCAAUGCAAAUGGAUCAGGACCUGCACCAGAGGCGAGGACCGGACAUUCAGGGGAGGACAAGCCAGAGGAGCCUCCCACCGGAGUUUCUUUCACUGUGAUGAACAGCACGGUCAGAGUGACGUGGAACGAAGCGCAGAACGUCCGUGGUCAUCUGCUGGGCUACAAGAUAUACAUCAGAAGGUUGGGUCCCCACAGUGCACGAGAGAGGAGGUCGCUUGGCAAACAUCACCACAUGAAGGAAAGAGACAGACUGGAGAAACACAAACCGACGAACGGGGACAGCAGGGUGGUGCAUGUCCAUGGUGCAAAGACUUCAGCUGAAGUCACUGAUCUGCGUCUGUUCUCCCAUUAUGAGCUGAAGCUCACUGCCUUUAACAGCAAAGGGGAGAGCCCUCCUUCCCCUCCUGCACAUUUCAACACCCCAGAGGGAGCUCCUGGUCCUCCUUCAUCACUGAGGUUUGAAAGCCCCACAGAUACCUCAUUGGUUCUUUACUGGACUCCUCCAGAAGAAAUCAACGGAAAACUUAAGGGAUAUAGAGUUCUGUACCAGAAAGUUUCAAUGGGUGACGACAGUGAUGUGGUGAUGAGGGAGAUCCCAGACCCCAAAGUAGACUCCUUUGAACUCAAAGAUCUGGAUCCCAGCAGCUCUUACCUCUUUAAAGUUAUCGCCCAAACUGCUGCAGGAGACGGUCCUGCCAUUGAAAGGAUCAGCGCCACCCUACUAGAAGGAGCUCCUCCAUCAAACAUCACGGUAGUUUCCGGUAAUACGUCAUUCAACCUAAGCUGGGUCCCUGGAGAGCGCCACAGAAACCAUGGUUUCCAAAUCUCCUACCUCAGGAAGAGUGCUGGCGGUCAGUGGGGAAAAUCAGAGCUACUCAACUCCACGCAAGGUUUCUAUUCGCUGUCAGGACUCCAACCAGGAACAGAAUACAGCCUAAUGAUUGACCAUGAUAACAGCACCCUGUGGCAAGGGGUGUUCCGAACCGUAGGACCAGUGCCGUCAGAAAUGCCAGGCAGGUUUGCCACCCAGGGCUGGUUGAUAGGACUGAUAAGUGCCAUCCUGCUUCUGAUCUUGAUCCUCCUCAUCCUCUGUUUGAUUAAGCGCAGAAGGGGUGGAAAAUAUGCAGUGAAGGAAAAAGAAAAAAAGGACAUCGACUUUGACCUUCAGAACAAAGAUGAGACCUUUGGAGAGUACAGAUCCUUGGAGAGUGAUGGAGAUGAGAAGCGCUCUGAUAGUCAGCGCUCUCUGUGCGACGACAGCAAGCUGGGGAGCGAGGACUCCCUGGCUGAAUACGGAGACAGUGUGGACAUCCAGUUCAACGAGGAUGGCUCCUUCAUCGGCCAGUACAGCGGCCGUGCCGCCGUCCCCCAUGGCAACGAGAGCUCAGGUCCGGCUUCCCCAGUCAAUCCGGUCCCGCCGCCCCCCUUUGCUCCGUCCAUGUCGAGCAUCAUCAACCGGCCGAGUUAGAUCCACAAACAGCACCAAAAGUGUACACCUAUACAUGCAUGCCUGCAGCAAAAUGGAAAAGGGACUGAGUUCUCCCAAAUCCACUGCCUGUUUCAAACACAUUCAACAAUAGACUGUUUACUGGAAGCAUUUUCCUUUUUCCUCCUCUUGUUUACAGGUUUUACUCUGGAUAUAACCACAAACCUGCUAACUGCAAGAUGAAGACAGUCUGGAGCUCCUAAAUAAGCUCCAGGCUCAUUUGGCUCGUGAUAUAUUUAGAGGUAAACCCACAAAUAUAUCUUUUUAAUAUUAAUUUAAGCGUCUGUUUUGAUUUGAAUGCAGUGAGUAAAAGUUUACCAAACAAGUUUACCUUUUCAGCAUCACUGCCAUAUUUUUGUUUCACAAAAACUUGGAGUUAGCAGAUUUGUAAUAAUGACACACAGGACUACUCACUAAACUGAUAAUUUAAUUGCACUGUAGCUGUAGCUAUAAUUCCUUAGAAUGUUACAAAUCUUUGACAGUUAAAUAGUGAAGGGUUUUAAAAACUGGUGCAGACAAGACCAUUGGAGGUAAAAAUAUGAAGCAUUUAUUUUUUUUUCUACCAUAAAUAUUUAGCCUGGUUGAUUACUUUUGUUUGUUUUUACUUAACCAUCACCAUUUCUUUAUAAGACAAUUUUUUUAUGUAUUCAUAGACAAACAGUGGAGAACAAGAGCCCCUAGAAAAGAUGCAGAUUUUCUUUUAAAGGUGAUGAAACGGUAUUAACCACUGCUUCUCUGUGCAGCUUCAGUGUGCGACUAAAUCACAUAAUCAAAGUAAAGUAUGGAUCUGGCAUUUACUUUUCGGUGAUAUUUUUUAUUUCAGCAGAAUUGAGCUGCAUCUUGAAUGUGCCUCUUAGUUUUCCAAAUGAAAAGAUGUAUCAUAAGAUAAGUAAUUCAAUUGACCAGCAGAUGGCUCCAGUUUUAAGUGAUGAAAAUGGUUUUAAGCCAUGACUUAAGUUCCACUCGCAUCCUUAAACUGGAGUCUGGGUCUUCAGAAGGUUUAGUUGGGAUAAUUCAGACAGCAAUGCGCUCCUAUGCACGCAAAUACAGCUCAUAAAGUAGAUGCAGGUCCACAGGAGAAGAAAGCAUGAAUGGAUAAAAUUAUGGAGGCAGAAAGAGAAUCUAAUGUUUCCUUCUCUGAAUGUAAAUAAAACCUUAAGAUUGUCUUUUUUUUACUUUAUACAGCUUCUUUUAUAAAAUAACCAAAUUGUUGUAAUUAUCUAUUGACGUGUUUGAUUUUGAGCGUUUGUAAGCUACAGACCUCCCACCCAACGUCCUCUGCUGUUGACUUUUCCUCUCGUGUCACUUAGUAGCUCGAAGCUUCUUUAGAGAAGAAUAGAUUCAUAGAGAAUUCAACCCUCUUCCUGUUUCCUUUUCUAGUGCUUAGAAAUGCAGAAGAAAUACAGAUUAUCAUAACAUCCUCUGACAUAACGUAAUAUUAUUAGAAAUGCCAGAGCUCUUUUAAAUGGAUUUGGAUGAGAAGUAUGGAGGCUUUCUGAUGAAUCAGCUCAGGGAACUGAUCAGAAGGCUCCAUCUGAUGGUUUCGUCCCAGACAAGAAGGCCAGCUCUACAGAAGCUGUACACCAGGGGUUCAAACUGGGACAAACAAACUCAGUCCCAGAAAAUAUCCGAUGGGAGAAAGAGAAUACGCUGCAAUACUGAGAUGUGCUAACUAACCUGCUUGUUGCAUUGUGCGCUGUACUGUAAGCUGGCAAACUAACCUCAGAUUGUCAUCUAAUGAAUAAAACAUGGACAAUGCAUAAACAAC